CAGUAUUCGGAAAGGUUGCAUUAACAUAUACAACAAUGAGACGAUCCAUUCACGCUGGAAGUUGGUAUAGUAACGAUGCUGAAAUACUUACCGAACAAAUCGAUCAGGCGCUGUCUCAAGCAGUUGAGCCUUUUGGCUCUGCUUUAAAGUACAUAAUAUCACCUCAUGCUGGCUAUGCAUAUUCGUUAAAAACAGCGGGGAUGUCAUACGGUAUUAUAGAUACAAAGAAGGUGAACACGGUAUUCAUCCUUGGCCCAUCGCACCAUUUGCCACUAAAGGGUUGUGCAGUAGAUGUUUCAUCAACACUACAAACACCUUUCGGGGAGCUGCAAGUGGACAAUGACAUAACUACUGAAUUAUUGAAGGGGAAGUGCUUCAAAGAGCUCAGCAAAAGGAACUCUGAAGAGGAGCAUUCCAUUGAAAUGCAAUUGCCAAUUCUCCAUUAUGUAGCUAAUAAGUCCAAUGCAGACCACAUCAAGGUUGUGCCUAUUGUCGUUGGAUACAUGCUCAAUGAAGGCUUGGAAGAUGUUGGUCAAGCGCUACUCCCAUACUUUGAAAAGGAGGACACUAUUUUUGUGAUAUCAUCGGAUUUUUGUCACUUCGGUAAACGCUUUGGUUUCACUCGAACUGGUUUUGAGGAUCAAGAUAUGCCCAUUUGGAAGGCAAUUGAAUCCUUGGACCUGGAUGGAGUUAAACUCAUCGUCGAGCAUGACCUAGAAGGAUUCCUUGCUUAUCUCAGAAAAACAAAGAAUACAAUUUGCGGCCGGCAUCCCAUUGAAGUCUUGCUGAAACUAAUAUCUAUGAGCCAAUUGAAAAUCACUUCUAAAAUGUUGUCAUACACUCAAUCAAGCAAGUGCUCGGAACGUAGUGACUCUUCGGUAUCAUAUUGCUCAAUAGCCGGCAUGCUAUCCGCAAACGCAGCUGAGGCAUGAUAAAUACUGCAAAAAUCGUGGUAACAUGUGUGAAU